UUUCGUGUUGUCGUGAAUAUGGUACUCUAGGUAGGCAAGUAGCCUUUGGUUUGAGUUUGCCUGCAGUUAACCUGCCCAAGUUGGGCGGGAAAAGGCCACGAGCGAGUGUACAUACAAGACGGGGAUUGAAAGUUGGGACUCACGCACACAAGGGUACCAACUCCAUACGCCAUAUCACGCUGGAACUCUGGUCAAAAUGAGGAUCCCGAGGGGAGUUCCAAUACCUCUUUAAGCGAUGAAUGAUUUAAGCGGCGCGUUGCCAGGGACUGCCUUGCUUGGCCUUUGGUUUGCGGGAGUUUGACGAGAAUAUUGUAUCAUUGCUGGAGUGGGUACCGUGAAAAGAUAGCAAUAGGACAGUUAAAGCCCCAUGGGACAUGAUGACGUUUGCUAUUUGUGAGAGCUAGUAUUCCAAGGCAUGACCAUCAGUCCCCAAGAAGAACAAGGAGAACGCUAAUCCAGAUUGAAAGGCCGUCCACGACCAAGAGAGAAAGAGAGUGGCUGUGUGCCGAAAGUGCUUCAAGUUCAGAGGUCUUCGAGUCACAAAAUCGAUGAGAACUUCAAACGUGAUCAUUUGGGUGGUUGAAAUUUGAAGAAGACCUUCACUCAAAAUGGCGGGGAUUGUGGCUCAAAUAACCAAGGCCAAUUGGGAGCGGAAAAAGCGCCAGACCAAAUAUCUUCCACCGGAUAAAAGUGUGUAUUUCAUCCCGGCCUAUGAGGACAGAUUUCAACCCGACAAGCACAACUAUUACUACAGGAGGAAAGCCGUGUACGAAAUGAACCAUCAAGAAGAAGAGAUGCAACAAGAGCUCCAAGAGAUGCUUCAAGAAUUGUCAGCUGUCGCCGAGAAAGCUCGGAGCGCAAAUAUUCCCCUCCGACAUCACGUUGGUCGAGCCUUUCUCGGCGUCACGGCCUUAUCCAUUCCAAUCGGGUUAUUCCUGUUCCUUUUGCUCACCUUCCUCAACCUGCCAAACGUGGAAAAAAUCUGAGCGGAGCAAGUUAAUG